AUGACAUUCGAAAUCAUUGUUCCCUCAAAGCAAGAUGCUCCCGGCGUGGCCAGCACCUUCUUCUCUGCUAUGGACAUCAAUCUGCUGAUACAUGCUCAAUUUCCCAACCCCGAGAGCAAGGAGUUCAUGCGCAAUUGGCUACUCAAAGACGUUGAGGACCAUGUUCAAAGCGCUGACAAGGGUGUUCUUGUUGCGCGUGAUUCAGAGACUGGGAAGAUAGCGAGUUUUGCCAAAUGGAAUAUCCAGCGGCAAUCGCGGCAGGAAGAGAGUGAGGACCAAGAUGAUGAGGAGUUUCCAGACUUUUGUGGGCGUCAGUAUUUGGGGCCAUACGCAGCUCUCACCAAAAGUAAGAGAGACAAGGUUUUGGGGGACAAGACGUAUUAUCAUGUGACAUAUCUCUGUACAGAUCCAGAGUUCCAGGGUCGAGGAACUGCAUCUGCUCUACUUCGACGAGUGCAAGCUGAGGCAGCUUCAGAGAAUGCGCCAGUCAUUCUUGAGGCCACCAUGAAUGCGGUGUCUUUUUACCAACGAUUUGGCUUUCAUAUCAAGGAAGAGCUGGACAUGGUGCUCCCAAAACGUGGCUCAGAUGAACCGACGGAAAACUAUGAAGAGAGAAUCAUGGUCUGGACGCAAGAGUGA